AUGAGGAAGACGCUUAUUUUGUGCUUUAUUCAUGGGUUCAAGGGGGGCGAGUCGACAUUUGGCAACGAUUAUUCGUUUGUCGAAGACCUGCGCACUGCCGUGGCACAGGAGCUGCCCGGCUUCAGUAUCAAGGUGCUGGUGUAUCCAAAGUAUGACACGAGGGGCGACCUGGGCGAGGCCGUGAGCAGAUUCCGCAGCUGGCUGGAGAACAAAAUCAUCGACUAUGAAGUCGCCAAGGGAACGGCCUCACCAACCGUCGAGCCGUCCAUCCGCACCAUCCUGAUUGGCCAUUCCAUGGGCGGCAUUGUCGCCGCAGAGACCGUCAUGGGCCUGGCGUCGGAGCGGCCCAUCUACACCGAGGACGGCAUCGACAAGUCUGGCGGCCGCCCCAACUUCAACGGCCUCAUGUUCCCGCGCAUCCAGGGCGUCUUGGCCUUUGACACGCCGUAUCUGGGCAUUGCGCCCAGCGUGGUUGCGUAUGGUGCUGAGGGCCACUACCAAACGGCGCAGUCGGCGAUGGCGCAGCUGGGCUCGGUGUGGAAGAUGGUCGGCGGCGGUGGUGGAGGAGAUGCUGCUGCUUCCUCUUCUUCUGCGCUCACGACGACAGCAUCUUCGGCUGCCAAGAACGACAGCGGCGGGUGGGGCUGGGGCAAGAUUGCCAUGUAUGGAGCUGCUGCCAGCGCCGUCGCAGCGGGUAGUGCCGCGGCGUGGAUGAACCGCGAGCACAUUUCCGUCGGGUGGUCGUGGGUGUCUUCGCAUCUCGAGUUUGUGGGCUGUCUCGCCCGGCCCGAGGCUCUCAAGCAGCGCGUGGCGUACAUGGUGAGGCUCAGCUCGGAGCUCAACAUUGGCUAUGCGAAUGUCUACACGCGGCUGGGCAAGGCUGCGGAGAGCAAGGAGGUCAGCAUGGUGGGCACGGUGCUGGGCAAGGACAGGACGUUUUGCGUGGUGCCGAGCAAGCAGCCGUCGGGGAAGUGGAUCGACAAUGUCAACGAUACGGCCAAGGAUGAGGUGACGGCGCAUGUUACCAUGUUUGAACCGCAGAAUAAUCCGGCGUACGGGAAGCUGCUGCAUGAUGCCAAGAGUCUGAUUGCCAUGUGGGUACAGAGAGAUUGGUCUGAGGGUAGCCAUGAGCCGCGGUCAAGGUCACAGCAGUCGAGGUCUCCGCAGCAGGGGCAGUAUCAGCAGCAGCUCCAGCGUUUGAGAUGA